GCGCCCUCCUGUAGUCUUUUUGCUCUCUUUCUUUCGGCAGUUCACAGGUUAGCUUACAGGUUCUGCAAGAUGUCCCGGGUUUACAUCGGACGACUGAGCUACAGGGCCAGGGAGAAGGACGUGGAGCGGUUUUUCAAGGGUUAUGGGAAGAUUCUGGAAGUGGACCUGAAAAACGGGUAUGGCUUUGUUGAGUUUGAUGACCCUCGUGAUGCAGAUGAUGCUGUGUAUGACCUGAACGGCAAAGAGCUGUGUGGUGAGAGGGUCAUUGUGGAGCACACCAAGGGACCCCGGCGUGAUGGGGGCUACAGUGGUGGACGGAGUGGAUAUGGGCGCUGGGGAGGAAGAGACAGGUACGGUCCACCUGUCCGGACAGAUUACCGACUCAUUGUUGAGAAUCUUUCCAGCCGCUGCAGCUGGCAGGACUUAAAGGAUUACAUGAGGCAGGCAGGGGAGGUGACCUAUGCAGACACCCACAAGGGCCGCAAGAAUGAGGGUGUGAUCGAGUUCAGGCAGUACUCUGACAUGAAGAGGGCUCUGGAGAAGCUCGAUGGGACAGAGGUGAACGGUAGAAAGAUCCGGCUCAUCGAAGACCGUCCUGGUGCCAGGCGCCGCCGCUCAUAUUCCCGCAGCCGCUCCAGGUCUCGCUCUAGAAGUCGCAGGUCUCACAAGAGCCGCAGCCGCAGUGAGAGCAGCAGCCGCAGCCGAUCCCACUCCAGAGCUGCUUCUCGCUCCCGCAGCCGAUCCCGCAGCAAGAAAGAGAAAAGCAAGAACAAAAAGGACGAGGAAGAGCGCAGCAACGGAGCUCAGAAGGAUGACGACCACAGCCGGAGCCGCAGCCCCAAGAGCAAAAAGAGCAAGAAGGAAGGGAAGUCAGCCAAGAAGGAGGAGUCCAGGUCCAGGUCCAGGUCUGGUUCCCGGUCCCGCUCCAGAUCUCGUUCCAGAUCAGGUGCUAAAGAUCGCCCCAGAAAAUCUGGCUCGCAGGAUCGGGAGCAGCCAAAGAGCGACAACGAGGCAGGCGAUCCCGAGAGGGGAUCCCGCUCUCGUUCCCGCUCUCCCGAUGAGCCCAGAGCCAGAUCAAAAUCCAAGUCCAAAUCCCGAUCUCCCUCUCCAGCCAAAGCUGGUUCCCGUUCCCGAUCUGCAUCUCGUUCGGAGUCCCGGUCCAAAUCCCGAUCCCAGUCCCGUUCCCGCUCUCGUUCCCGCUCCUAGUUCAGAUCCUGGACUGUGCAUCACGAUCCCAGACCUCUGUGUCCCCCUGUCCUGUAUUUACAUUCCCUCGACCCUCCGUCACUAUCCCACAUCCGGUUUUUUUAAAAGUAUCUGUAGAACAGCAGGCACUCAUGACAGAAGUCUUUUCAGCACAUGCUCCCCCUUCAUUUAACAUUAAAUUUUCCAAUAGAUGUUUGUAAAAUGCCAGGAUGGUUCUGAGUUUUAUAAGUUCUGAUGAUGGUCUGUGUGUCUUAGUUUUUUUUUUAUCAGAUGUAGAAGCAAAAUGCCGGCUGGGAAUUUGAUUCCGGGCCUCUGUGGAAUCCUUGUUCAAUUUUUGUUUCAGAUUAAAGUGUUUGUUCUGAA